UCUGAAGAUGCUUCCACUUCUGCUGUUACUCCACGUGCAGCUUUCCAAGGCCUUUCUAGUACAUUCUGAAUUCCUAGAAGAGAAAACUACAAAAAUUGUUCAGAUGUUAAUUCUCAUUUGAGAAGCAACAUGGUGAAUUGGGACCUGAUUAUCUUCUUGGCAAGUUCCUUAUUUCUCUGCAUCUUCAUGUCUUAAUAUGUAUGAUUAAACCUUCUCUACAGUAGUGAAAAGAGGAUUAAAAAAUAGAAUCUGCAUUGCUGCAACUAAUGCUUCAAGGAGUUUGAUUAGUGAAUUACCUAGAAAAGUUCUACCAAUUACCAAGGUACAAAUAUCAGUCUGAAAGGAAGAACAGCGCUAGUGUGAUUGUUGAGAAGCUUAAAGAAAUGCAGCAAUUCUUUGGGCUGAACAUAACAGGGAAGCCAAAUGAGGAAACCUUGGAGAUCAUGAGAAAGCCUCGCUGUGGAGUGCCCGAUACUGGCAAUUUUAUGAUAACUCCAGGAAACCCCAAGUGGAAACAAACUAAUCUGACCUACAGGAUUAUUAACUAUACCCCAGACUUGUCAGAGGCUGAAGUGGAAACAGCUCUUGAGAAAGCCUUUAAACUCUGGAGUCGCGUGUCACCCCUGAACUUCACCAAGACCUCACAGGAAGAAGCAGAUAUCAAGAUUGCCUUUUUCCAAGGAGAUCAUGGGGACAAUUCUCCAUUUGAUGGACCCAAUGGAAUCCUUGCUCAUGCCUUUCAGCCAGGCCCAGGUAUUGGAGGAGAUGUUCAUUUUGAUGCAGAAGAAACAUGGACCAAAACCUCCAGAAAUUACAACUUGUUUCUUGUUGCUGCCCAUGAAUUUGGCCAUUCCUUGGGGCUGGCUCAUUCCUCUGACCCUGGUGCCUUGAUGUAUCCCAACUAUGCUUUCAGUGAGCCCAGCACCUACUCGCUCCCUCAAGAUGACAUCAAUGGCAUUCAGGCCAUCUAUGGACCUUCGAGCAACCCUGUGCAACCUACUGGACCAACCACACCCACAGCCUGUGACCCCAGACUGACAUUUGAUGCUAUCACUACACUCCGUGGAGAAAUACUUUUCUUUAAAGACAAGUACUUCUGGAGAAAGCAUCCUCACCUACGAAGAGUCGAACUCAAUUUCAUUUCUCUCUUCUGGCCAUCCCUGGUAAAUGGUAUACAGGCUGCUUAUGAGGAUUUUGACAAGGACCUAAUUUUCGUAUUCAAAGGCAAUCAGUACUGGGCUCUAAGUGGCUAUGAUAUUCAGCAAGGUUAUCCCAAGAAUAUAGCAAACUAUGGCUUCCCAAGCAGUGUCCAAGAAAUAGAUGCAGCUGUUUCCUACAGGGGAAAGACAUACUUCUUUGUAAACAACCAAUUCUGGAGAUAUGAUGACCAAAGUCAAUCCAUGGAACCAGGUUAUCCCAAAAGCAUAGCAAGUAGCUUUCAAGGAAUAGAAAGUAGAGUUGAUGCCGUUUUCCAGAAGAAUUCCUUCUUCCUUUUCUUCAGUGGACCAAGAUAUUAUGCAUUUGAUCUUAGUGCUCAUAGGAUUACUAGAGUUGAAAGAAGCAAUAGAUGGCUUAACUGUAGAUAAAGCCGAAGCAAAAUCAAGUGUGUUUGUGUCCAUUUUCUGAAUAUGGAAGGGAGAUCUAAUCUGCAUAUCUAUUACAUUGUGUCCUAUUUAUACUUUUCUCAACAAUAAGUAAUAUUGUUUGCUCUCACUGUAUUCAUUGGACUGAUCCUCACUGAAAAUACGUUUGCAGUAUUCCACUGUUUGCAGAGGCUGAUUUUGUCCUAUAUUCCAUCUCAGGUUAGUGAAUCCAUCACAAGGAGAAGGAAAUUAAGCCUUCUUUGCCACCUCAAUAUUCAUUGUUUCAUCACUUGCUAUUUGACUUCUAAAAUGCCCAUUUAUUCUUAAGUCUUUUAAAUAUGUCUUAAGUGUAACUGCUACAUGUAAUUUAGCACUGGUUUUGGUUAUAGGUAAGGAUUAUGAACAACAUAAAUAGUACACAUUGCCUUUUGCCAAAAAUGUGGUGCUAUUUUCCACUCUUGGAAAGAAAUGUUGUUGAUACUUGUUGUGGAUUGAAUUGUGUCCCCCCAGAAAAGUAUGUUGAAGCCCUGACUCCAGGCACCUACAGGUGUACCUAAUUUGGAACUAGCAUCUUUGAGGAUGUAAUUAGUUAACAUGAGGUUAUACUGGAUCAGAGCAUGCCUAAAAACUGAUGUUCUUAAAAGAGGAGAGACAUAGACACACAGUGGAGAAGGCCAUGUAAAGAUAGAGACAGGAUUGGAAUGACGCAUCUACAUGCCACGGAUUGCUGGCAACCACCAGAAACUGGAAGAGGCAAGGAAGGAUCCUCCCUAGAGCCUUCAGAGAGAAGAACAUGGCCCUCCUGACACCUUGAUUUUGAAUUUGUAACUUCCAAAUUGUGAUUUUAAAAAGUUCUGUUGUUUUAAGCUACGAAGUUUGUGAUACUUUGUUAAGGCAGCUCUAGGAAGCUGAUACAGUACACCUGAACUUAUGGAAAUGAAUCGGUACAGAAAUACAGACUUGCAACCCCAGUAAAGAUUACUGGCAUCUUCCCAGGGGAGCAACAAAAAGGAGGGGUACCACUUCCUCUCUCGCCUCCUGGCUUCUAGAUUUCAAGAAAAUGGGCCAGUUAAAUCUGUUGUUCCUUAUUCCUGGGAUCCUCAGGAGGACACCCUCUACAGAUAACCAGGGUUUGCUGCACAAACAAAAUAGUGUUGGGCACAAAAUUCAAUAAGUCUCAUUUAAUUGAGUUAAACUGAGCUUAGAUGCAUAAAUUUGCUAAUGGCUCUUUUCCGUUAAGAACUUUAAGAUUUGUGGUAUCAUAAUGACUAGUCUAGACAUUAAAAUCAUUAUAAUGUCGUAUCUGCAGUUGUUAGAAUGUAAUGCAGUACAGCUUAUUACACAAUAAAAUAUGUGAAUUGUAAAAUAUAUUUAUCACUAGCACAUCCUUUUUUCUUUUCCUGUUAAAGGUUUUAACCCCCACAGAUGAUUGAUUUUGUAUACUUUGAUACUUUUUUCUGGUUCAAAAUUUAUCUAUUAAAUGAUUUCAAAAUAAAUAUUUUAAAUGAC